AUGACAUGUUGUUUGCUCUGUAUAUAUAUAAACUUUAGGAGANUCGCCGUCGCGGCCAUACACACACGUGGAAGACACGUGUGCAUAGUUCCAGACGAGGAGUCGCGGUCGGAGUACGAGGCAGUGAUGAAAGGAGUCGUCAGGAGUGAAUCAACGGAAGUGAUGGUAGGCGAAUCUACGGAGGACGUGGUGGAGAGAAUCUCCGGCGUGGAUUUCAUGGUGGUUGAUUCUAAACGCCGCGAGUUCGUCAAGGCGUUGGGAUUAGCGAAAACGAGCAAAAUGGGCGCCGUUUUGGUGUGCAAAAACGCCACGCAGAAAUCUAUCCCCGGGUUUAGAUGGCACGGAGUUUUGAGACGCGGCACACGUGUCGUGAGAUCGGUGUUCUUACCCGUUGGAGGAGGUUUAGAUAUCGCACACGUGGGAGCCAGUGGUAAUAAUGAUUUGAAGAAGCCUCCUAGCCGUUGGAUUAAACACAUAGAUCCUCAAUCUGGAGAGGAACACUUGUUUAAGCAUGGUAAGAUGCCAUAUGACUUGGAAAAUUACAAGGAGAUGGAAGAGAUUAAUGAUAUUAACUUUGAGAAGGAUAGAGAGGCUGUUGUUAUGAAAACUACUUCUUCAUAA